AUGUGUGGCAGCGACUUCUUGUCACCAAAUAGCUCCAGGGAGGCUGACUUUGGCUGCCUUCACUCUGCAGAGCCCCCAGUUCGGAUCAUAUACCCCCGGGAUGAGGUGACCCUGAUCGCCGUGAGCUUGGAGUGUGUGGCGCUGGUGUGUGAGCUCUCCCGAGAGGACGCGCCUGUACGCUGGUACAAGGAUGGCCUGGAGGUGGAGGAGAGUGAGGCGCUGGUGCUGGAGAGCGAUGGGCCCCGCCGCCGCCUGGUGUUACCCGCUGCCCAGCCCGAGGAUGGGGGCGAGUUCGUGUGUGAUGCUGGAGAUGACUCUGCCUUCUUCACGGUUACUGUCACAGCCCCACCAGAGAGGAUUGUGCACCCCACGGCACGCUCCCUGGAUCUGCAGUUUGGGGCUCCAGGGCGUGUGGAGUUGCGCUGCGAGGUGGCCCCAGCAGGGUCCCGGGUGUGCUGGUACAAGGACGGACUAGAGGUAGAAGCAUCGGAUGACCUGCAGCUGGGGGCAGUUGGGCCCAUCCGCACCCUCACACUGCCCCAUGCCCAGCCUGAGGAUGCCGGGGAGUAUGUGUGCGAGACACGCAAUGAGGCAGUCACCUUCAACGUCAGCCUGGCUGAAACCCCAGUGCAGUUCCUCGCACCAGAAACAGCUCCUAGCCCGCUCUGCGUGGCCCCUGGGGAGCCGGUGGUGCUGUGCUGUGAGCUGUCGCGGCCUAGCGCCUCUGUAUCCUGGAGCCACAAUGGAAAGCCCGUGCAGGAAGGCCAGGGCCUAAAGCUCCAAGCCGAGGGACCCCGCCGCACGCUCUGCAUCCUGGCUGCAGAGCCAGCCCACACAGGCCUCUACACCUGUCAGUCUGGAGUAGCUCCAGGGUCCCCCAGCCUCAGUUUUACCCUCCAGGUAGCUGUGACGCCCAGCUCUGACCCCACAGAGCCCCCCGUGAGGGUGGUGGCCCCUGAGGCAGCCCAGACGAGGGUUCGGAGUGCCCCAGGCGGGGACCUAGAGCUGGUGGUGCACCUCUCCAGGCCAGGGGGCCCCGUGCGCUGGUACAAGGACGGGGAGCGCCUGGCGAACCAGGGGCGGGUGCAGCUGGAGCAGGCCGGGGCCAGGCAGGUGCUACGGGUGCGGGGGGCACGGAGCGGGGACGCUGGGGAGUACCUGUGUGAUGCUCCCCAGGACAGCCGCAUCUUCAUCGUCAGUGUGGAAGAGCCACCACCAGUGAAGCUGGUCUCCGAGCUGACGCCCCUGACUGUCCAUGAGGGUGAUGAUGCCACGUUCCGGUGUGAGGUCUCGCCACCAGAUGCAGAUGUCACCUGGCUACGCAACGGGGCCGUUGUCACCCCAGGGCCUCAGCUGGAGACGGCCCAGAAUGGUUCAAGCCGCACACUGACCAUACGAAACUGCCAGCUAGAAGACGCAGGGGCCGUGACUGCCCGAGCAGGGGGCACAACAACAAGUGCCCGGCUCCACGUCCGAGAGACAGAGCUGCUGUUCCUGCGGCGGCUACAGGAUGUGCGGGCGGAGGAAGGCCAGGACGUGUGCCUCGAAGUGGAGACAGGCCGGGUCGGGGCUGCUGGGGCCGUGCGUUGGAUGCGAGGUGGGGAGCCUCUGCCUCAUGAUUCUCGCCUGUCUAUGGCUCAAGAUGGCCACAUCCACCGCCUCUUCAUCCAUGGUGUCAUCCUGGCUGACCAGGGCACCUACGGCUGUAAGAGCCACCACGAUCGUACCCUGGCCAGGCUCAGCGUGAGGCCACGGCAGCUACGAGCACUGAGGCCCCUGGAAGAUGUGGCAGUCAACGAGGGGGGCAGCGCUACCUUCCAGCUGGAACUAUCCCAAGAGGGUGUGACCGGGGAGUGGGCCCGGGGUGGAGUCCGGCUGCAGCCAGGGCCCAAGUGCCACAUUCACACAGAGGGCCACACACACCGUCUGGAGCUCAGCGGCCUGGGCCUGGCAGAUGGGGGCUGCAUCUCCUUCACAGCUGAUUCCCUGCGCUGCGCUGCCAGACUCUCAGUGAGAGAGGUCCCAGUGACCAUUGUGCGAGGGCCGCAGGACCUAGAGGUGACGGAGGGUGACACAGCCACGUUCGAGUGCGAGCUUUCCCGAGCCUUGGCUGAUAUUACCUGGGAGAAGGACGGGGGCGAACUCACCCCCAGCCCCCGGCUCCGGCUCCAGGCCCUCGGCACACGUCGCCUUCUCCAACUGCGGCGCUGCAGCUCCUCGGACGCCGGGACCUACAGCUGUGCGGUGGGAACGAUCCGCGCUGGGCCAGUCCGCCUGACCGUGCGUGAGCGCACGGUGUCGGUGCUCCGCGAGCUCCAGUCGGUGCGCGCCCGCGAGGGCGACGGAGCCACGUUCGAGUGCAUGGUGUCGGAGGCUGAGACUCCCGGGCGCUGGGAACUCGGAGACCGCGCGCUGAGACCCGGAGGACGCGUCCGCAUCCGACAGGAAGGGAAGAAACACAUUCUGGUGCUGAGCGAGCUGCGCGCCGAGGACGCCGGUGAAGUCCGCUUCCGAGCGGGACCCGCCCAGUCCUUGGCCCAGUUGGAGGUGGAGGCAUUGCCUCUCCAGAUGUGCCGCCGCCCCCCUCGCGAGAAGACCGUGCUGGCUGGCCGCAGGGCGGUGUUGGAGGUGACUGUCUCCCGCUCCGGGGGACACGUGAGCUGGUUAUGGGAAGGGGUCGAGCUGUGCCAGGGGGACAAAUACGAGAUGCGCUGCCACGGCCCCACCCACAGCCUGGUCAUCCAUGAUGUACAGCCUGAGGACCAGGGCACCUACUGCUGCCAGGUGGGCAAGGACAGUGCCAACACGCGGCUGCUGGUAGAGGGUGACUAGGAGACUGAACCAGGCCAGGCGGGUAUCCUCGGACAGCUUAGAACGCGUGUGCCCUUCUCCCAGGCAGGGCAGGGAGACAUGGGAACCAGAGGUGUUUGGAAACAAUAAAAAGU